AUGCUGAGCGCGUUAAAGGCACUCGGAGUGCCUCGGUUCGAAUUCGAGUUUCGGCGAAGCGCGACUGAUUCUUCCUCUUCUGAGGACGAGGAGGAUGAGAAUACAGAAGAAGACGAAGAGAAGCGAGGUAAAAAAGAUGAUGAUUUUGAUGAUGAUGAUUCGACGACGCCACCGAGAAAGCAACCGGCGAUGUCGUCUUCUUUGCGUAAGAACGGCACGCGUGGUGGUGAUAAAGAUACGAAGUCGAGACUUGGUAAGAAGAAUCGAGUGGUGUCGUUUGACGACGGGACGUUUAGCGACGAGGAGGUGGAGGAGGAAGGUGGUGAUGAUGAUGAAAUGCUUUUGUUUGGAACCAUCACUGGGAGUUCGGAAAAAUCGAUCGAAAUAGACUUGACGAAGUGCGCGGAGAAGAUGCGUUUGGUUUUGGAGCGGUGUACACGGAUGGGAAUGUCUUUAGUCGAAUGCGCGAGAGCGGUAGGGAGUAACGGUAGAUAUAGUCAUAGGAAACGGAUAAGUAGUAAAAAUAGGAACGGCGGAGCGUCGUCGACGUACGGGAGAGGAGGAAGAGGAAGGGACAAAGCUUCGGAUGUGAAAAGUUAUUACGUCGAGUCGAGGAAGAAGAUGCAGAAACGGACGCGACGCUUGGUUGUCCCGAGAGUGGUUAUAAGCGUCGUCUUAUUUUGGACGAUUAUGUAUUUAUGGUACAGGAAAAGGACGAUGAUGGAUGGAUUAGGUGUUGAAAAGAGAAUCGGAGAAAGUGAGUCGAUGAAAAACGCUCGACUGGAAGUGGACGCGGCGAAAAAAGGCGAUUAUAAUAGUCGCGAAAAGUUCCAUUCCAGUCGCGAGACGACGUUUUCGGGCGGUAUUUUUCCGUCGCACGAACGCGUCGGGUCCGCCGAGUACGAAAGAGAAACCGAACGAUUGAUGGAGGCUCUCGCGAAAAGAAUCGCCACCGGACAACACCAUUCCGCGGAUUUUAACGACGCGAGAAGGCACGUUCGCGAACACCGAAUGAGAAAUAACUUAGUUCACGUAGAUAACGCGGAAGUGAUGAGACUGAGGGAAGCUAAACGCCAACUCCGCGAUGAUUUUUUACAAAUGGGCCCGAAAUGUGAAUUCGACACUUCUGGAAUGUCUCGCGAAAGUAUCAAAGACAUGAAAGAAGAGUGCAAAGAAUUCUUUCGCGAAGAAGAGAAACGAAUCGGAAAGAUACCGCUGUUGGACGACGCGAAGUAUAAAGUUCACGCAGAUAACCAGCUCGAUCGCGAGCAUUUUCGAGGGCACCGUCAAAAACUCCCAACAAUCGUUGAUAUUCGAGCCAUGGACAUGGUCCCGCACUAA